AGAGAGAGAGAGAGAGAAUUUUCAUGUUAUUUUUUUUUCCAAAUUAGGAUUCUGGAUAUUUCUCAUUCAUUGCGUUUGACAAUUGCUCUCAGUAUAUAUAAUCAGUAGAUGAUAUGACAUUCAAAAAUCCCUAUAUCGAUCCGAGUAUUCACUAUAUUACAUUUAAAAUCUUGGUUUCUCUCCUUACUCAAAACCUCAUAUCGGAAUCUUCUCUCCGGCAGUAAGAUGAGGCAAAGGAUAGUUUUGAAGAUGGAUAUGAGUGAGAGUGAGAAAUCAAUGAAGAAAGCUAUGAAAAUCGCAUCUGGAACAUCUGGUGUGAGAUCGGUCUCGAUUCAGGGACAGAACGAUCAGUUGGUUAUAUUGGGAGAAGGAAUUGACACGGCAGAGCUAACACGUGAGCUCCGGAAGAAAGUUUGUCACACGACCAUCGUCGCCGUUCAGGCCGCGCCGCCGCCGCCACCGCAGCAACAGCGACCACCGCAGCCGAAUCAUAUGGGACAUCAGAACGAGAUGGCUCCGGCGAGAAGAUGCAUAUGUGAGAUACCGAAUUCGGGUUUCUGCGGAUUUUGUAGAUCUAUGAGUGAAACCCCUUACCACCAGAUGAUAGCUCCGCCGUAUCCUCCUCCGGUGAACUAUGUUGGUUACCGUGAUGAUCCUGAUGGUUGCAGAAUCAUGUGAUGUGAAACUACUUCUGAGUGAUUUUUGUUUGUUCUUUUUUUUUUUCUAAUUUUUCUUAGUUUUCUGAUCACGUUAUUCUGUAGAUACAAAAUUUAAAAAUUCGUGGUGCUGUAAAUAUUAUGUGACAGACACUCUAGGAAAAACAGAUUUUUCACUAAACCCAACAAAACAAAAAAAAAAAGAGAGUGAAAUUUAAUGUUUCUUGAUCGAAG